GCCGGCGGCGAAGGGCAGGAAUGGCGUCCAGCGCCAAGUCGUUCCUGGCCGACGCGGGCUAUGGAGAGCAGGAGCUGGACGCCAACUCCGCACUGAUGGAGCUGGACAAAGGCCUCAGGUCUGGGAAACUGGGGGAGCAGUGCGAAGCCGUCGUUCGUUUUCCCAGGCUCUUCCAGAAAUAUCCCUUCCCUAUUCUCAUCAAUUCGGCGUUCCUAAAGCUGGCUGAUGUCUUCAGAGUGGGGAACAACUUCCUGAGGUUGUGUGUGCUGAAAGUUACUCAGCAGAGUGAGAAGCACUUGGAGAAGAUCCUAAAUGUGGAUGAAUUUGUCAAAAGAGUUUUCUCAGUAAUUCAUAGCAAUGAUCCAGUUGCUCGGGCUAUUACACUCCGGAAUCAAAUGGGAAAACAAAUAAACCUGUCUUUAAUGUCUUUGUCUUGCUGCCUUGGUGUCUGUGUCUCCAGCACUGUCCAACAUCCUCUUCUUAAGUGCAUCUUCCAACCCCUGUGCAGGAUGUUGGGCAGCAUGGCAUCUAUUAUUCCAGAAAGGAAGAAUGCACAUCACAGUAUUCGUCAGAGUUUGGAUUCCCAUGAUAAUGUGGAAGUGGAAGCUGCUAUAUUUGCUGCUGCCAACUUUUCUGCACAGUCUAAGGAUUUUGCUGUCGGAAUAUGUAAUAAAAUCAGUGAGAUGAUUCAAGGUUUGGCCACACCCGUGGAUUUGAAGUUGAAGUUGAUCCCUAUUCUGCAGCACAUGCAUCAUGAUGCCAGCUUGGCCUCCAGCUCCCGGCAGCUGCUCCAGCAGCUGGUGACAUCCUACCCCUCUACCAAGAUGGUCAUUGUUACUCUGCACACCUUUACUCUGCUUGCUGCUUCUUCUUUGGUUGACAUUCCUAAGCAGAUCCAACUUUUGUUGCAGUACUUGAAAAAUGACCCCAGGAAGGCUGUGAAGAGGCUUGCAAUCCAGGAUUUGAAGUUGCUGGCCAACAAGACACCACAUACAUGGAGCAGAGAAAAUAUUCAGGCACUCUGUGAAUCUGCUCUUCACACUCCUUAUGACAGCUUGAAAAUGGGCAUGUUAUCUGUUCUUUCCACAUUAUCUGGGACCAUUGCCAUUAAACAAUACUUCAGCAGUGCUCCAGGAACAGCAGCUACAACUGCAAGAUCAUUUGAUUUAGUAAAACUAGCACAGGAGUGCUGUUACCAUACUAACCGUGGCAUUGCAGCUCAUGGUGUGAGAAUUCUGACUAAUAUAUCAGCCUCUUGUCAGGAAAAAGAUCUUCUGCCUUUGGAGCAAGAUGCAGUUUUUGGCUUAGAAGCUCUUCUUGUUCUUUGUAGUCAAGAUGACAGUCCAGGAGCUCAAGCAACCUUAAAGAUCACGUUGACUUGUAUGGUGAAGCUGGUGAAGUGCCGUCCUCACCUGAGCCAGUCAGUGGUUGAAUCCCUGCUGACACAGCUGCAGAGUGCCCAGGACAAUGCCAGGAUUCUCAUGUGCCACUGUUUAGCAGCUAUUGCCAUGCAGCUGCCUGUCCUAGCAGAUGGGAUCCUAGGAGACCUAAUGGACCUCUAUAAAUUAAUUGGACAAUCUGCCACAGAUAAGAAACAGGAACUUUUGGUUUCUCUUGCCACAGUGAUAUUUGUAUCCAGUCAGAAAGCUUUGUCCACAGAAAUCAAAACUGUUAUCAAACAGCAGCUUGAGAAUGCCUCCAAUGGAUGGACAGCCUACAGGAUAGCCAGGCAGGCUUCUAGGAUGGGCAACCAUGACAUGGCCAGAGAACUGUAUCAAAGCCUGCUGACUCAAGUAGCUUCAGAACACUUCUACUUCUGGCUGAACAGCUUGAAGGAGUUCUCCCAUGCAGAACAGUGUUUGACAGGUUUGCAGGAGGACAACUACAGCUCAGCACUUUCUUGCAUUGCUGAAGCUUUAAAGUCCUAUCACAAAGGAAUAGCAUCACUGACGGCUGCUAGUACUCCACUUAAUCCUCUGAGCUUUCAGUGUGGAUUUGUGAAACUCAGGAUUGACCUUCUGCAAGCUUUUUCUCAACUCAUUUGUACCUGCAACAGCCUAAAAACAAGCCCACCACCAGCUAUUGCCACAACAAUUGCUAUGACAUCAGGAAAUGAUCUCCAAAGGUGUGGACGCAUCUCUAACCAGAUGAAACACUCAAUGGAGGAAUUCCGAAACUUGGCUACACGGUAUGGAGAUCUAUAUCAGUCAUCUUUUGAUGCAGACUCUGCAACUCUAAGGAAUGUAGAACUACAACAGCAGAGCUGCCUUUUGAUUUCACAUGCAAUAGAAGCUCUGAUUUUGGAUCCAGAAUCUGCAAGUUUCCAGGAAUAUAGCUCGAAUGGAACAGCUCAUGUUGAAAGUGAAUAUGAAAGAAGAAUGAUGUCUGUAUUUAAUCAUGUACUAGAGGAAGUGGAAUCCCUCAACAGGAAGUAUGCUCCUGUGUCUUACUUGCAUACAGCUUGUCUGUGCAAUGCUGUCAUUGCCUUGUUGAAGGUACCCCUUUCAUUUCAAAGGUACUUUUUCCAAAAGCUGCAGUCUACAAGUAUCAAACUUGCUCUAUCCCCAUCUCCAAGGAACCCAGCAGAACCUAUAGCAGUACAGAACAAUCAGCAAUUGGCCCUAAAGGUGGAAGGAGUGGUUCAGCAUGGAUCUAAACCAGGCCUUUUCCGCAAAAUCCAGUCAGUCUGUCUAAAUGUAUCUUCAGUGCUGCAGAGCAAAUCUGGACAAGACUAUAAGAUUCCUAUUGACAACAUGACCAAUGAAAUGGAGCAGAGGGUGGAACCACACAACGACUACUUCAGCACUCAGUUUCUGUUAAACUUUGUGAUACUUGGCACCCACAACAUCACAGUAGAGUCCUCUGUAAUAGAUUCAAAUGGUAUUGUCUGGAAAACUGGGCCUAAAACAACUAUUUUUGUUAAAUCUCUUGAGGACCCAUACUCCCAGCAGGUCCGUCUCCAGCAACAGCAAGGACAGCCGCCGUCCCAGCAGCAACAGCAAAGAACUGCAUACUCACGGUUUUAAUCCCCAGAAGUGACUGGUCAGCUGGUAUUGCAGUUUUUCUUGGAAUUUAUUUUAUUUUUUUUUGGAAGACCUACAAUUGUAACCUUCUCCUAGAAAGCCCCAGAUGCCAAUUUGUUGCUUUUUAAAUUAUCUGGGGUAAAUUUGAACUCGAUUCAGCAGAGGCAGCUGUUCAUAUUUGGAGUUGUGCUCUUACUAUAAGAACUUCUACCUGAUCUCUUAACUUCUGUUUACAAACCUGUUCCAGCAGGCUCCACAAACUAUGAUAGCAGGGGACACUUAAGAGCUUCUUUGACUGUGUACUUUUUGUGCUGUCAUUUUUUGAAGUACAUAGGUUCUAAUGUUAGGCUUACAGAACAUCAGUAAACACUUUGGCUAGUUAUACAGAACUGAGUGUAAUACCAAGGUUGUAUCUUUUAAUGUGAAGGAAUAGGCAGGAAUAUCCAGAGACUUUUAUUUCUGACAUUUUAAUAGCAGCUUCCAGUAUUUGGCUGUUGUAUGUGUGUUAUUACAAUUCAUCAGCACUACUUAAUGCAUGCAUCUGGAAGAAAAAAAUUUGUAGCUCACUUCUCAUACCCAGUUGUUGAAGAGGGAGGAGACUGCUUGAGGGGUUGCUGUCUGGAGAGGUCUGCAAGAGGCAGAGUUUUACAGGUGGGAACAGUGACUGUUUCUGAGAUGACAGAGAAAAUAUUACUACGUUGUUUUUAGAUUUUCAUGUAUCUGUAUUUCUGAAGCCUUUCAUUUUGGUGGGGAGGGGGUAUUCUUUUAAGGGAGAAUUUAACUGGCAAGUGGUCAUUCAUUUUAACUGCUUUGUUUUUUAAAAGGAAUCUUCUAUACCAAAGCCUUGUCAUCUUGUGUACUCUUUGACCAAUUUGCUAAUCUUAAUUGUUACUUUUGCAGUAUAACUUGAAAGAGAUUUUUGCCAAUACUAGAAGUUGAUUCAUAAUAAUUUUGGAAAUACACUGCUUUGUACAUAGUUUUCAUGUUGAAACUCUGUCUGUCUUCAGACUCACAGGCAAUAGAUCACAUAACAUGACAUUCACCUGGUCCUCAUAAAUAAUCUCUGCUUUUCGAUCAGCAGGAAAGUAGAACCCACUUGAGUGAAGAGGAGGAGGGAUGGCACUUCUUAUAGACUUCACUUGGUAAAUUGUUGGAUCCCCCUCAUUGCAGCAGAAAUUUGUUAUAUGUUAUUUGUUCAAAUUGAUUACGCUGUAGAAGCUGGCUGGAGCUUAGUGAUUUUGCCUGCUUUAUAUUCAGAGAAUAUAAUAAUGAAUUUUGUAAGCUAGGGUUUCCUUGGCAUAGAUGAAUGAAGAAUUUUUUUCUGUGUUUCCCCAUAGUAGUUACCUAAGAAAUCAACUUUCUUCCUCUUGGCUUGAGACUAACCAAAAAAAUAAAAAUGGAAGGGAUCAUGCUAGAUGUCAUAUCUUGGUCAGGCUGUAAUCAUAACUAGAAAAGAUAAUUGAGAUGCAAGGUUGAAAUAGAAGACUCACAAAGUUGGUGAAAAAUUCACCAGCAUCCUUCUUAAAUCUGAUUUUAAUUUUGGGCAGGAGGCAGAAACUACCACUGCCUUUCAAGCUGACUGGGGAAAGUGGUGGUUUCUGUCCCUGCUUUUGUCAUUCUAUGCCUAUAGUUUUGUGUGUUCUUGUAUACAUAUACCUGUGUAUGCACACAUACGUACAUGUAACAUCUAACAUCUUCAUAAAUGACUUGGAUGCGGAACUGGAGGAGAUACUAAGCAAGUUUGCAGAUGACACAAAACUCGGAGGAGCUGUUGACUCCCUCAAAGAUGGGGAGGUCCUGCAGAGAGACCUCAACAAAUGAGAGGACUGGGCAGUCACCAACUGUAUGAAUUUCAACAAGGAAAAGUGCUGGAUUCUACACCUGCGAUGGAGCAACCCUGAGUGUUUGUACAGGUUAGGGAAUGGAAAGGGACUUGGGGAAUAUGAGUCAGCAGUGCCCUGGCAGCCAGGAGGGCCAACCAAUUCCUGGGAGGCAUCAGGCAAAGCAUCACCAGCUGGUUCGGGGAA